AUGCAUUAUCGAGGAAUACUUCGUUUACGCCGCCCGCUCAAGCAUGGUGUGGUCCAGAACUGGGACGAUAUUGAAGAUGUCUGGCACGACGUUUAUACCAACCAUUUAAAGGUACCCGCCGCAAAUCUACCGCUUCUAUUGACAGAAACACCUGGAAAUCCAUUACGAUCUAGAGAAAAGAUGAUUGAGAUUGCUAUAGAAGGGCUUGGGGUACCUGAAACCUGCCUGGAAAACACCGGCAAAUUGGCGUUGUUAUCUCGUGAUAUCUAUACCGGCGUGGCGUUGGAUAUAGGUGAUGGUGUGACUACUGCAGUGCCGAUUUACGAAGGUCGGACUUUGCGUAACGCAAUUCAACGCAAUGAAGAUCUCAUUGACCGCAUGCACAACAGCAUUGAAGCCCUGCUGACAGACCGAGAUCAGUUAUUCAGACAAUCUGCAACAGGCAAUAUCACACGGGACAUCAAAGAGAACUAUCUCAGGGUAGGCACGGCGGAUCCGGAAGUGUACGUGAUGCCAGACGGAUCUAUGAUGGUCAUCGGUGUGACUCAAGUCGCCAAGUGUACUAAUCACCUCUUCGGUGCUGGUAUUGGAAACGGCGACGAUGGCCUAGACGUAAUGAUCUGCAAAUGCAUUGCCAAGUGCGAUGAGCAGAUACGUGAUGUGCUCCGUGCGAAUAUUGUUGUUUGCGGUGGUACCAGCUUAUUACCUGGGUUGGUAGAACGUUUGAAGAAGGAGCUCCAAGCUAAAAAUAAACUAUUUAACGUUACAAGUGUAGAUACAUCAGAUCGACUAGAUCAAUCUUGGAUUGGUGGUGCUAAGAUGUGUCGAAGCUUUUCAAGAUCGAGUUGGAUAAAUCGCGAUCUUUACACUGAGCAUGGAUCUAAUAUAGUGCAUCGAUAUUGUUUCUAG